AUGGGGGCUUUCCGAGAUCCUUUCGUACAAUCGACAUGGAGUGCCGAUUGUUACGUCUUAGGGUUACGAGAGUGCCUUGUGAUGGAUCGGCCACAUAUACCGAUUCAUACCUUUGACCGUCAUGGAGUCCCCCAAGUCCCCGAGCAAGGAGGAGUGUUGGAAGAUUGGAAUGGAACUACAGCAGGAAUCGAAGGCACGAUAGGAGCAGGGUCGUCCGAUGGUGCCUGCCGUUCGGCACGAGAGGUUACUGAAAACACGAACAAGGUGUGCCUGCCAUUUGGCAUUAGAGUGUGCGCUUGCCGUUCGGCACGAGAGGUGACUGAGAACUCAACCAGUGUCCGCCUGCCGUUCGGCACGAGAGGUGACGCUCGCUCAAGUGGGGUUGCGAUGACUCUUGUGCUUCCCUGUGCAUGCGUGACACGCGUCAGGAGGGCUGCGAAAAGUCUCGUUAUUUCAUUUACUGAUGCUAGGCGAUUUUCAGCGAGAAUUUCGAGGCGAAGGCAAUUUCUAGUGUUCUCCAACCACCGUGUAAACAAGAUGUCAGAUACCGAAUCAGACUAUAGUGAUAGCCCAAGAGCGUUUGAGGGAGAAUUGGCGUCAGAGAGCUCGAGUACUAGGCUCGAUAGUGACGAUUUUAAGGUCGCCGAGGUAGUAGGGGGUACAGAGGUGUCUACCGAAUCGGGGAGCACUUCAAGUGUGGAGGUGGUUGAGAUUAAUAACUCUCAGCCAUCGACAUCCGGUUGUCGAGCCGAGGCGACCAAGGCUGAUGUGUUAGUUGUCGAUCCUGGAGAAGGCUGA